GUUCUAAAUUUGUAGCUUUCGUGACUGCAAUGAUUCAUACUCUUAGGUUUUUUCGGUAAAGUCACGUAGGUAAAACAAUAAUAAAUAACUAAAACAAUAUAAAUAAUAAAAUAACAAAUCAGGGGGGAAGAGGGGGGCUUAUCUGAAUGUGGUUGCCGGGAAGUGGCGGGGGUGUCGGGGCUAAAAGAGAACAAAUGAGCACAUCAGCUCAGGGUUGUGGCCGGUGUUAGCUGAUAGUAAGCAUAAAAGUACUGGUAAACGCUGGGGAUGUUAACACUCGGUAAAGUAUAAUAUUACCUGUCAAAUAAGAUGGUACAAAUAUGUGUAGUUAAAUAUUUUUUACAUGGUUAAUAACAUCUUUCCAAUGAUUACUCAUUCGUGUUACUUAGUGCAGUAAAUACGUGUUACUUAUUGCAGUAAAAACAACUCAUCGCAUGAACCAUCCUGCGCUCCUAGAAUAUCAACUCUGUCAAUGCAUUAAACGUAAGAUUAUAUAUUUUCUUUAAACAUUCGACUGCGGAGUCACUUGAGUUGAAUUUGAGUGGUGAUGAUUGUGCACCGUGCCUUCAAGGCGCGCGACCCUUCUGCAGUGCGUGAGCUACUCAUCUCUUGCCACGUAAAAUGUUAAACUUUCCAUAUAAUGUCGGUUAAUUUUGAGUAAUUUUCUUCAGUUUGUUGUCCAUCUGAAAAUCCAUAAAUUUAUUCAUUUCAAAGUUCGAUUAAAACGUCCAGUUAAAAGUUCGGUGACAAGGGACGAUUGACAUGGCGCGCAGUCCUCACCAUAGCGCGAGAGGAGGAAUCGCGAGCGCGCGAGGCAAAACUUAAAUAGAAAAUAUUUCGUUGGAAUUAAAUGAGUAGUAUGUUGAAGCAUCUUGUCUUGCAAAAAAUUCGAGUGCGUUUUAAAUAGUGUUCAUCAGUAACACUUUUGAAAACCGACAAUCAUCAUAUCUUGCCCUGACCGAACAAUGUCUCCCAAAUGUUGGUUGUUCACUUGUUUAGAAUUAUAAUUUAUAUCGUGAGCAUUGUCGUAUAUUGCAUAAGUAACGUACAUUAAAGAAGUGAUCUUCGUGAUGAUGUAUUAACUAGAUGCAUGUAAGUAUGAACGUUACGGGAGUAAUCGAGCCCAAAGGCAGGCGUGAUAAACACAGUGAGUAUGGAGGCAACUCCCUCACUAGAGCUGAGUGCUGGAUGAUCUCAGCGACGUCCGCAUUCAGUACGCCGCUUCUAUAAUAACCUCGGGCCUGGAGGACGCUCGGUUCGAAUUCGUGAGAGCGCUGAUUUCGGUUUCCAAGAGGCGAGGCGAUAAAAGCGACGUCUUGAGAUGGCGGAAACUGCUCCUGCUCAACCACCAGCUGCGGCUACUUCAGCGCCUAAAAGCCCCAAGAAGAAGCGCGCCGCUCCAAAGGCCAAGAAGGUCGGCCCCAGCGUGUCCGAGCUCAUCCUCAAGGCUCUGGCCAGCAGCAAGGAGAGGAACGGCGUGUCUCUUCCUGCGCUCAAAAAGUCGCUUGCUGCCGGAGGAUACGACGUGGAGAAGAACAAUGCCCGCGUGAAGUUGGCCAUCAAGAAGCUCGUGGCCAAAGACGCCGUGGCGCAAGUGAAGGGCAGCGGCGCGUCUGGCUCUUUCAAACUCAACAAGGAAAAGGCUGCCGCAAAGGCGAAGCCCAAGUCGUCAACGGCAAAGCCCGCAGCUAAAAAGCCCGCGGCAGCCAAGAAGGUGAAGAAGCCCGCGGCAGCCAAGAAGACCGCGCCCAAGAAGUCUCCCAAGAAAGCAAAGAAGCCCGCGGCUGCCAAGGCGGCCAAGAGCCCCAAAAAGGUGAAGUCGGCUGUUAAGCCCAAGAAGGCGGCGAAGAGCCCAGCCAAGCCCAAGGCUGCGAAGCCCAAGGUCGCUAAGCCCAAGACCGUCAAGGCCAAGGCCGCCAAACCCAAGGUGGCCAAGCCCAAGAAGGCCGCGGCCAAGCCCAAGAAGACUGCGCCAAAGAAGUGAAUCCGAUGGGACGACCGACGCUCGAUUCACUCCACCUCAACGGCUCUUUUCAGAGCCACCCACUUCGUUAAAAAAGUGAACCAGAUGCUGCUGCGCUUCAAUUAGUUCAAAUUAACUGUGUAACAUUUCACCCACUCGAUGUGUUUUAAGCAUUGAUGUGAUGGGAGUGAUCGAGCCCGAAAGCAGGGAUCACAAACACAGGCGAGGCGGGUGGCAGCUCCCUCACUCGAACUGAGUGCAGAGUAAUCUCAGCGACGUCAGCAUUCUCGCUGGCGAUUCUAAUCUAAAUCCAGAUUCAAAAUCGAUGCAUUCUUGACGAACCUCCAAUUUUGAUUAUGUGUUGCACCUCUUCAUUCCGUCAUCAUGUUAC